CGAGCUGUGAUUUUUUUUUGUGGUUUUUUUGAGUGAAAGUGAAGUUACGAACGUGCCCAGUUAAUUUGUGGCAUCUUUUGUUGUUGUUUUUUUUUUUGUUUUUGUUGCUUUGGCGAUCAUGCGCUUACAUCAAGUGCUGCCGAAGCUGCUGCUGCUGCUGGCGCUGACGCUGACGCUGACAGAGGCAGCCAUUGACAAGGACAACAACAAGUCCUCUGCCGCCAUUAAUUCGACGCUCAUCGGUGACGUCAAUCAGCACAAUGUCAUCAAUUUGCGGCUGCAUACGGAAAUUAACAACAACAACGACAACAGGAGUAACAACAGCGACGUCAACGUCAAUUUCGAUCUGUCGCGCACGCAGCGACUGCGCGAUUCACUCAACGUUUUUGAUCUGUCGCUGCUGGCAGCGCAGUGGCAGCGCGUCGAGGCCGCGCAUCCAUUGAGCGUCAACUGCACGAAGGACAUGCGCAGUUAUCUGCGCGGACUGAGCGAUGCCAAAAUGUGGGCAGUCAAAAUGGACGACGCUUCCGGUCAUUAUACAUCCGGUUUCUUCUAUGGCAACAAUUAUUGGAUGGGUUCGUUGGCCCUUUGCGAUGCCAUCUACGAAGGCGCCAUCGACAACAACAACAGCAACAACAACAGCAACAAGGACAGUGGCAAGGACAAUGGUUUGCCAUUUGCCGAGGCAUUCUCCCGUUCUUACAGCAGUGUCUACAAUGCGCCGCCUCCAUUUCUGCCCGGAUUCUAUGUGCUGAAGUUGCAGCUGAAUGAGACGCUGCCAACACAGGUGCUACGCACCAUUUACACAGGCAUGUGUCUACCCUCAAGUUGCAGCAUUCGCGAUGUGGAACAGAUGAGCUCCUAUGCACGCCUCGAGCUGCCCAGUCGGGAUAUACGGGUCUUGGACAUACGUGUGCCAACCGAUAAGGAGUUCAACAUUUGGUCGGAUAAGACCUUCUGUCUGCUGAUUGUGGUGUCCUGCAUUGUAAUGGGUCUGAUUUGCUGUGGCACGCUCUAUGAGAUUUAUUUGACACGUCGACUGAAGGAGGCACUGCGUCGACAGGACAAGGAGAUGAUGAACAACAGUGAGACGAGUUCGGGAAUUGGUUGCGCCUCCUCGGAUUAUUCCGAUACGAUGACCGCACACGAUGAGGCCUUAAAACAAUCGAAUCAAUCGGAUUCAUUGAAGCAACUCGAUCAACUUGUGCUGAAUUUGCCGCCAACAUUGAGUGGUGAUAAUGAUAGCGGCAAUGGGCUUCAUCAUCACGAUCACGAUCACGAUGAGCACGAUAAUGAUAACGAUAAUGAUAAUGAUCAUGAGCGUAUGACGCAUAUACAUCAUCAUCGUGGUGGCAGCAAUGGCGGCAGCAGCAGCAGCACUCGCAGUGCCACCAACAACAACCACAACCACGGCAACAACCACAGCAACAACCACAACAACAGCAACUCCGACGAACAUCUCGAGGGACAUCUCCAUGAACCGGAGAAACUCAGCAUCUAUUCGGAACUUUUGCUCUCCUUCUCGGCGAUAACGAAUUUCAAUGCGAUCUGUGAUCGCAAUGUGGGUGCCGAUACAAUACCCUGUAUUCAUGGACUGCGUGCCUUCAGCAUGGCCUGGGUGAUCCUGGGACACACCUGCAUCGUUGUCUUCAAGUAUUCCGAUAAUAUGGAAAUGCGCAAGAAGGUCGAACAGAAUUUCUUCUUUCAAGCGAUCACAAAUGGACCAUUUAGUGUCGAUACGUUCUUCUUUAUCAGCGGCUUUCUCAUCUCCUAUCUGUAUUUCCGCACAAAUGCCAAGGGCAAGUUGAAUAAGCUGAGCAAAGGUGCCAAUGAAUUCACCGCUGGUACCGCACACUUUUUUGGCCUGGUCGCCUACCGUUUCAUGAGACUGACAGCUCCCUAUUUGUUUGUGCUCGGCGUGGUUCAGGUCACUAUGAAAUAUCUGGCUGCCUAUUCCAUCUUUGAUCCACCAACGAUGGAUCAUGUCACCUGCCCGGAUUAUUGGUGGCGCAACAUACUCUAUAUCAACACGCUGUUUCCCGUUGAUGAGAUGUGCAUGUUGUGGAGCUGGUACCUGGCGAAUGACACACAGUUCUAUAUGAUCGGUGCGAUCAUAUUGAUUGUGGGCGUGCGUCAUUUCAAGCUGUCAGCGAUAACGACUCUGGUAUUCCUGGUGCUAUCCUGGAUAACGACGGCCGUGGUUGCCUUCACGAACAACCAUCGUCCGAAUACCGACGAUCCGUUGGCGCUGUUCGACAAGAUCUAUGACAAGCCCUGGACACGAUUGGGACCCUAUCUCAUUGGCAUGGCUGUGGGCUGGAUAUUAUUCCGUAGCAAUUGCAAGAUUCGUUUGCCCAAAUUGACGGUGGCCACUGCCUGGUUUUUGGCCAUGUUGAAUCUGUUUGUUCUGGUCUUCGGACUGUAUCAGACGGAUCUAUCGCAGUUCACAGCGGCCGCUUACAGUUCAUUGAGUCACUCGGCGUGGGCGUUAUCACUUGCCUGGAUUACCAUUGCCUGCUCCACGGGCUAUGGUGGCUAUAUCAAUUCCCUGCUCUCAGCUCCCUGCCUGUAUCCCUUCUCGCGUGUCACCUACUGCGCCUAUCUGGUGCAUCCCAUUGUCAUACGCUCCAUGGCGCUCAAUUCGGAUGCGCCGCUCCAUUUGGGAGGAGAUUUAAUGGUCGUCAUGUUCUUUGGUCUGACGGUCGCAUCCUAUUUCCUGGCCUUUGUCGUCUCGAUGUCCUUUGAGGCGCCCGUUGUCACAAUGCUGAAAAUCUUGUCACCUAGUCGAAAAAAGCGUCUCGCCUAAGCAGGCGUUCCACUUCCCCCCCCUCGUCUAUUUAUAUAACGAAUCCAUAUUAUAUCAUACCAUUUAUACACACACUCAUCAUCGUACUAUUCUCUUCUUUCACUAUUUCAAUUCGUUUUCGCACUUCUCAUUCGUAUUAUGUACCAAGCAAACAAUGUCCACAUAUUUAUACAAACAUUGAUCAUUCAUAACUAUCCCCUUUUCUUUCUUCUUUCCUUAUUUCUCCUUAUCUUUAGCCAUUUCAAUUGUUUUUGUUCAUAUAUUCCCACAGUUUCGUAAUUGUUUCAUCAAUUUUUUAUGCAAAAAGACCUAAUUUUUUUGUUUCGUAAUGUGUACAUUUUAGUCGUUUAAUUUAUUCCAAAGGGUUGGAAAUUUUGUGCGUGACGAGAAGUAAUAGUACUUAAUAGUAAUAAUAAUAAAUAUAUAUAUAUAUAAACUUAUAUACUUAAUUAAAACAUAAAAUAAAAUCAACUCU